UUUGUCAAUUUUGAAUUAUUCGUUGAAUUGUGAAAAAUCUUUAUUCGUUAUAAAUUUGAAUUUAAAAGUUGAAAUUGAUGGUAAAAAUGUCUCGAAAGAAACAUGUUGGAGACUUCUUUUCUAUUAUGGACCAAGAGGAAUAUGUUUGGGCAAUGAGAACCUCUGCUUACGAUGAGCAAACACAAGAAAAUGCUAACGAAUAUAAAGAUGAAGCUGACGAAUUCUCAAUUUUCCAAUCGAAAAACGUUAAGGAUAUACUUCUGGUGUAUAAAACUACCAUUUUGUCUUCCUUUGUGCCUGAUGAAAUUAUUCUAAAUGUAAAUGAUUAUACUACAAAAACAUCUGAUGCUUGUAUUUUAUGCGGGGAUGUAUCAGGUUUCACAGAAUUAUGCGAAACUUACAAUCAAAUUGGUAGUGGUGGGCCAUCAAGAUUGACUGACAUGUUGAAUAAUUUUAUAGGAGCUAUGGUACAAGAAAUAAUGUCACACGGUGGGGAUGUGAUAAAAUUUUCUGGGGAUGCUUUCUUAGCCUUAUGGAAAAGUGAAGGUUAUUCAAUGCGGGAUUAUAUCCAAGAAGCUAUCAAUUGUGCCUUAAUAAUCCAGAAGAGUCAUAAUAACUAUAUAACAGAUGUUGGAGUUACACUUAGAGUCAAGUUGGCAAUUUCUUCUGGUACAGUAUUAUUUUCCCUGAUCGGGGAUUCCCUCUUAUCACACUACAUCGAGGUUGGCCAACCAAUUUUAGAUACUAAAGAUAUUUUGGAUAUAUGUCAUGCUGGGGAUAUAAUUGUAUCUGAAAAAACUUACGCCUUUGUGGAUGCCUCAUCGUAUCUAGCAGAGGAGAUUUUCAAUGGAAAAUACUUUCGAAUUUUUGGAGUUGGAGAAAGCUGGAGACAAGUUCAAAAGUACAUGACAAAUAGAGGACCGCCAAUUCACCCAAAACUUUCCCAACUUUUAGUCCCCGAGGAAGGUGAUUCAAUUAGUUCCUCAUCUAGUAUGGACUCUAUUCUCAAAAGAAAACGAUCAUCUGAUGAAUUUGCAUUGCGGCCUAUUGUAAAUGAGGCAGCCAAUAACGCAGAAAGACUUUACGAAGAUUUAAAAAAAUUCAUCAUACCUCCAGUAAUGCAGAGAAUUGAACUCAAUGAACCUCUGGAGUAUCUAACAGAACUGAGACAAGUUACUGUAAUUAUGAUCAAUAUUGUGCCCCAUUCCAUAACAUUUGACUCUCUGAUAAGCCUUGUCAAGAGAAUCUACAGAAUUAUAACAAUACACAUCCAAAAAUUCAGUGGAUGCAUCAACAAAGUAACAUGUUUUGAUAAAGAUCUUAUGUGUGUGAUUAUUUUUGGACUGAGGGGUCUGAAACAGGAUUUAGAGUGCCGUAAUGCCCUAAGGUGUGCAGGUUUGAUUUAUGAGGAUAUUUAUGUUUUAUCCAAAGUGAAAAGUGUUUCAAUUGGAGUUUCUACGGGAAAAACAUAUUGUGGUGUUUUCGGACAUACUUUGAGGAGAGAAUACACCGUCAUAGGGCUGACUGUCAAUAAGGCUGCUAGACUAAUGGUAGCUUAUCCAGAUAAGGUGACAUGUUGCAAUGAAACUUUUAUCAACUGCAAAAUGAGGGAAUCCUACUUCGCACAACAAAAAUACAUUCACCUGAAAGGAAUAAAGAAUCCUGGUCCUGUAUACGAAUUCAAAUAUUCAAUUUUCGACGCUAGUAAAAUAUUGGCUGUUCCGAUCUAUCCCAUUCUAGGCAGGGAUGAAGAAUUACUUCUUUAUAAAGAACUACUAGCGGAAUUUUUAGAAUCAUGCCUAUUUGUCAAGAAAGACAAAAUUGACCCGAUGAUCAAAAUGAUUAUGAUCGAAGGGGAAGCGAAAUCAGGGAAAACUAGACUGGUGGAAGAAUUCAUGUAUAUUACCCCUCCUGACAUUUCUUUUCAAGUGAUCUUAGCGGAAAAUGCGGCACAUAAUCCAUACAAUGUUCUCAAGCAAAUGUUCUUCAAUGCUAUGGGAAUUGCUUUCAAAGCACCACGUUACGUAAAAAUGGAAACUUUCAAAUCUUAUUUGAUCGAUUUUGAAAAAACGCAUAUUCUUUGCGCCUUGAAUGAAAUAUUUGAAAUUAAUUACCCAAUGUCAGAAGAGUUCCUUAACUCCUCGGAAGAAGAGAAAAUCAUAUAUAUUGGCGUGGUACUUCAAUAUUUAAGUUAUAUGGUAUUCAAAGCACCUAAAAUAUUCGUUAUUGAAAGAAUGAUGAUAAUGGAUGAGAUAACUUGGCAAGUACUACCACUUAUUUUGAGAGUCAGAAAUAUAUUUCUGAUAUGUUCAAUGCGACCUCAUAAGAAGAGCAGAUGUGAGACGAGAAGAUGGGUAUUCAAUUCUAAAAGAGUGUGUUACUUGAGGUUGAGACAAAUUGAUAAGAUGUACCAUGCCGCUCUUGCUUGCCAGAUGAUUGAUGUUGAGGCUAUUCCACCAGAUUUGGAAAAUGCAAUACAGUCGAAAAGCAAUGGGAAUGCCGGUUGGAUAAAAAAUUUCCUGAUAUGCUUAAACCAGGCAGAAGCCAUCAUCAUAAAACCAAUGACUUAUAAAGAGAUAUAUGAAAACGGUUUAGUUGUACCACCUUUAUACAUGAUGAUGAGGUUGACCAAAAACCAGUUAUCAAUUUGGAAGCGAAUUAUGGAAGAACAAUCUGGGGAAAAUAGUUUUGGCGAUACUUGGUUCAAGUACGUUGAUAGUUGCAGGGAUAAAUUUACUGACAUAAGAAUAAGGGAGGAAAUAAAGAAUCUUUUUGAAUGCCACCAAGAAGUAAAGGCUUGCAUUACAGCUCCAGGUUUUGAAAAUUUCGAUAAACACAACGAACAAUCCGAAGACGUCUACGUAAUAAAAACGUUCGAUUCUUUAUUAUAUUGCGAACAAUUAGUGGCUAAAUGCGGAUCUGUCCUUGGAUGGCAGUUUCCGAGGACCAUGUUGGAAUAUGUUGUGGGACCUUCGUUUUCCAAAAGAGAAAAAGCGGAAGCGGUGCAGAGGUUGUUCGAAAAUCGAAUUUUUGGUUGCUCUAGAGGGGAUUUUACAGAAGCUGGGGAUUAUGUGCUGCUAAGAACAAGAAACCAAUCGGAUUUUGAAAACCAGUCGAUCGAGUGCCAGUGUCAAGGACUCAAUAUCCCAGAGUGCUGCAGCGAUUUACCCAAGUAUGCCUCAUGCGGUUAUCUGCAUUUCAUAUCUAGUAAUUUUCUGGAAGCUACUUAUAAUUUAUUACCUGAAGUACAGAAAAUAGAAUUUCAUCUAAAGGCAGCAAGAUAUUUGGAAAAGAAUACCAAAAAAUGUAGGGCAUGUGGUAAUGGCUUUUUUGAAGAAUUUACUGGAUGUAUGGAGAAAUCGUUGAAAGUAAAAAGACCGAGAAAAUCAAUUUUUUCGAGAUUAUCAGCCGAUGAAGAUUUAUUAUCGCAUUCUGUUCAUUCCGAAAAUGAAGAGAGUUUCAUUGGAUCUCAUGCUCAGUCAUCUGAAAUUAUAUCAUCUGAUUAUAACCCAGACAAUGCAUAUUUUGAGGAGUUAGGACUCAUCAAUCCAAAAAGAUUGUACAAGAUGAUGGACAGGGCGUCCCUCACUAGAACAUUUUCGAUGUACGAUUUCUCUAGUUGCCAGUGUAAACUGAUAUUGAAUUACAUGUAUGGGGAAGUUUCAAAACAUUACCGUUUUGGAGGUCAGUAUGACCAAAUGCUGAAGGCAUUGUUUGCAUAUUCAAAAAGUUGCUUGGACCUCGAAAAUACACCUGAGACUUUCAUAAUGUUAGAUAUAGCCGAGGAACAUUUGAAAAAUAAAGGGAUAAGCGACGAAGAGCCAUAUUGGAAAUUACGUUUGUUAGAAGGAAAGGUUUAUUCAUUACGUGGAAGAGGAUUGCUUCAAACAAACCAAGUGGAAUUAGCUGAGCAAUAUCUUUUGAAGGCAUUAGAUAAAUAUGGUGCUCCAUUCCCCAAAUCAAAUUUUGCAAGGUACAUCAAAAGCUAUGUUAUGAAAAUAAAACAAAAAUUCGGUUUAUACAUAUAUCCCGAUACGUUGAGCAAACAGUUGAAACGUUACGAAGCGGAGUACUUCAGCGAUGUAGCCGAAUGUUUACAUUGGUUGACGCAGUUAUUUGUAGAAAAAAACGAGUUUAAACAAGUCGAACUAUCGGCAAUUUGGGGUCUACAUUGCGCGCUGAAAGCAAACUACGAAUUUCCAAUCAUUUGUCAAAGUUUCACGAAUAUGGUGCUAGUUGCACAAAGGAAUGGCAACAACUUUCAUUGUCUAGCGCUCGAAAUACACUCUUUGCGAUAUUGUCACAAGAAAAUUUCCAACAUUGAGUCCGACGAUUUGAAAUACGUUGCCGAACUGUAUCAUGCCAUAAGAGGAUUGAGGUGUUCUCGUUCGGAAGUGGACAAGUCCAUUUACAUGGGUUAUAUCGCAUUGAGACUUGCCAUAAGUGUGAAUCAUUUGAAAUUAGUUCUGAGAGUGAUUCCCCGCCUAGUGCUCUCGCUAAUGUUCAAAUCAUAUCUGCCAGAAGCGUGUUCAUUGCUCAAUGAGUUGGAUUAUUACUCCUCCGAAUCAGAUUGUAACAGUAUUCAGUCAGGCAGGCUUGCUUUCCAUGUUGCUUGUCUGAGGUUUCAAAUAGAAACAGGCUACUCCUUCAUUCCUUAUUCAGAUAGUGAAAAGUUCUAUUACGAGGUUAAUUUACAACUUGCUGCUUUGAAAGAUCCAGUUGCUAGAAUCGAAUUUGUCAGCUUGAUGUGGUUAUGGAAUUGUAGAAAUAGACACUGGGAAUACACAUCGAAGUGGAGGGAUUAUAUAGAGGGUUAUGUAGACGUUCUUUUCAAAGCACAUAUUGGGGCUCCUUACUCUAUUAUGUAUGUACUCGAAGGUUACCUCUUGAGCUUGGUGCACUCCAAAAACAGUCAGAAUAUAAGGUCAUAUAACUCACUGAAUAGAAUUAUUCGCAAAUUAUUCAAAUGUAUUGAAAGGUUGUCCAAGUUUGCCAAGGUAAUUUUGCCAAGACUAAAACAUUUUCAAGCUUAUUAUGAGUAUAUCAAAGGGCACGAGGAAAAAGCAUUGAAAAUGCUGGAGAAUGCCCUUAUUUACGCAGCCAAAUGUGAGAAUGCGUUGGAAUUGGUCCAUAUCAAUCAUUCAAAAUUGGCAUGGAGUAAUCAGUUGUCUCGAAGUCUAAGAGAUAAAUGGGUAAAUCAUUGUAAUGGCGAUAAUAUUUUAGAUUACAGAAUACUGGAAGGUUAUGAAGAUAAAAUUAUUUCUUUCACUCUCCCCAAACCUAUUUAUGUCUAAUUUAGAUCAAAUAUAUUUAUUUCUCUAUUGAAAUUUUUUGCAUUAAGGUUAAUUUUUUCCUAAAAUAGUUGUAACCUGAUACUAUUUAUGUGUUGUGUGGUCAGGUGUGAAUCUUCAAAGUAUUUGAAUGGCUACAUCGAUUUUGUUGAUUUUUCAUUUUGAGAAAUAGCAAAAUUCCUCAAUUUUCUUUCAGUGAAAAAAGUCAUGUAUAGAAAAUAAAUUUUAUUCUUAUAAUGUUGAAAUGCAAUUAAAAAAUAAAAUGUUUUGUCAGAGGACAAUAACAAUCACAGAAUAUACAAAUAAAUAUCACUUCAAUAAAAUGUCUGAAAUUA